AGGCUCAGUUACAAGAUUCAAGAUGUCGUCCAUCAAGGCGUUGAACCCGAAGGCCGAAGUAGCACGCUUUUCAGCUGCUCUAGAAGUAAAUAUGUCGGCRGCUAAGGGUUUACAAGAUGUCCUUAAAACUAAUCUUGGACCUAAAGGAACAAUGAAAAUGUUGGUGUCUGGAUCAGGAGAUAUUAAAUUAACUAAAGAUGGAAAUGUACUUUUACAUGAAAUGCAAAUUCAACAUCCAACAGCAUCAUUAAUAGCAAGAGUUGCCACAGCUCAGGAUGAUAUCACUGGGGAUGGAACAACAUCAAAUGUGUUAAUCAUCGGAGAGCUCUUAAAACAGGCAGACUUGUAUGUAUCAGAGGGUCUACACCCUAGAGUGGUGACUGAAGGUUUUGAAAUAGCAAAGAAGAAGUCUUUAGAAGUACUAGAGGAGCUCAAAGUAUCCAGAGAAAUGGACAGAGAUACACUUAUGGAUGUUGCAAGGACAUCUCUGAGAACUAAAGUACAUUCAAAGCUUGCUGAUUUGCUAACUGAGGUYGUUGUUGAUGCUGUAUUGACGAUAAGAAAGCCUGGUGUCCCYAUUGAUCUUCACAUGGUUGAGAUUAUGGAGAUGAAACACAAGACAGACUCAGACAGCCAGUUGGUCAAAGGUCUUGUCAUGGACCAUGGUGCUAGACAUCCUGAUAUGCCUAAAAAGACCAAAAAUGCAUUUAUCUUGACUUGYAAUGUCUCAUUUGAAUAUGAAAAAAGCGAAGUGAAUUCUGGCGUCUUCUACAAGACUGCUGAAGAAAGGCAAAAGCUUGCUGCAGCKGAACGAAAAUUUACUGAUGAAAAAGUCCAAAGGGUAAUUGAAUUCAAGAAAAAGGUUUGYGAUGGUACAGAUAAAGGAUUUGUUGUGGUUAAUCAAAAGGGUAUUGAUCCAUUUUCACUGGAUAUGCUGGCUAAAGAAGGAAUUGUUGCUCUUCGUAGAGCAAAGAGAAGAAAUAUGGAAAGAAUACCUCUCGCCUGCGGUGGGAUGGCAGUCAAUUCAGUUGAUGAUUUGACCCCWGAGUGUCUUGGAUAUGCUGGUUUGGUAUAUGAGCAUGUACUUGGAGAAGAUAAAUAUACCUUUAUUGAAGAUGUGAAAAACCCUCAGUCUGUUACUAUUGUCAUCAAAGGACCAAACAAACACACUCUUACUCAAAUCAAAGAUGCUGUCAGGGAUGGUCUCAGGGCUGUCAAGACAAGGCCAGGCUAGGAGUACAAGCGUUUGCAGAUGCCUUGUUGAUUAUUCCUAAGACAUUAGCUCGUAACUCUGGUUUUGAUUCACAAGAGACRAUGGUUAAACUGCAACAAGAGUAUGCUGAUAGUCAGACCCCUGUUGGUGUUGACCUGUCAACAGGAGAGGCYCUUAACCCGGCUGAUGCUGGGAUAUGGGAUAACUAUCGUGUAAAACGACAAUUGUUGAAUUCAUGUACCGUAAUCGCUGGUAACCUUCUUCUGGUCGAUGAAAUGAUGAGAGCGGGCAUGUCGUCACUCAARGGAUAAGCCAAAAACUGUUUUAUGUAGAGUGUUCAAUCGAUGUGUUUCAAUAUUGUGUGAUCUUACGAACUGUGUUAUWAGCAAAUGUAACUAACAGGCAAAUAAAUGAAGAAACUGCAAUAAAAAUGAAGUUAUUUGAGGUGAUAUGAA